CCUGUCGAAGGGAUGGAGCACAGGUCAACAUGCACGAGCCGUUAAAAUACGCACUAUCGAGAGCACUCAACGGCCUUCGCGUCAAACACGACGUUGAAAGCGGGGCACCGUUCACGGGGGAAAGAAACCUGAGCAUGGACAUCGUCAUCAGGCCAGGAGCCCUCACGAACGCAUCUUCUCCGGGGUACCGCAACAAAGGAAUACUCCUCGAUGUCACACACGCAGACCCGCAAGCACAGGUACACUUGCGGAACGGCAGCGCGACCAGCGAUGGAAUCGCAGCCCAAGCAUCCGAGGCGCGAAAGCGUCAGCACUACGCUCGUCCGGGACACGUGUCCUUUGACGAACGCAGCUUUAAACUUACCACCUUAGCCGUGGAAAGCUUUGGCCGCCUUGGAGAGGAGGGUUACGAGUUCAUCGAUGAACUUGCGACACAUGCCGUGGGAGGAAGGGACGGAGGAACGAUGGCUCUGAAAGGAGUCUUCAAGGAACGACUUCUUCAGACCGUUUCGGUGGCUACACAGGUGGCCAUAUCUCGGCGAGUGCAGAGGUACAAGCUCGCAUUGCGCGGGCGUCAAGACGCCGAAAACAGGCGAACAAAAUCGACCUCGAACCAGUCAACGCCAAUGAUAUGGGGAUGGAGUGUAGACGCAUCGUAGAACGCGUUUUCGUUUGAAGUUGGCGUCGUGUUUGAGAGUAGAUGUGACAGAUUUGCGUAGAAUAGGGUAAGAUGUUAUCAUGAACGGAGAACAAAGGGCUUUUGCAACACGGAGAUGUAGCAUGGAUCAAAGCAUUUGUUGGAUUUCAGCUUUUACAAGAGGACAUCAACGCAGUAGUAUAUUACGAACGCAUAUAGGAUACCAUGAGGAUUGUCAUUGGUUGUAUUGCAAGUUGAAGAGGAGAUAUUUUUCCGAUGUAAGUGACAGUAGAAAUAAGUCCUACACAUGUUGUUGUACUUCGUAUUGGUUUAGUAUUCAUGUAGAGUAUGAGACGUUAAGUGAAAGUAUUCUGAGGUACAUCUGCAAUUGUCGGAGGGCAAAAAAAAUAAAAAUAAA